AUGAACUCAUUGCCAGCUGAACUUAAACCCAACGAGACGCUCACGAUCGUCGACAACAGGUCUGGAGCUGAAUACAGCUUCCCCAUCGUUAACAAUUCAGUGUCUUCUGUGCUGUUCAAAGAAAUCAAAUGUUCUCCAAAGGAGAGGUAUCCUGGUGAUCAGCAUGAAAAUGGCUUGAAGCUACUAGAUCCCGGCUUCCAGAACACGGCCUGCAUGAAGUCCCAGAUUUGCUUUGUGGACGGAAAUGCUGGUCAAAUAUCUUAUCGAGGUGUAUCUGUUCCCGACCUCUACCAGAGUGGAAGACCAUUCGAACACGUUGCUUUCCUCCUAAUUUUUGGAAAACUCCCAACACCGGAUGAGGCCGUGGCGUUUAACAAGUCCCUCGCGGAGACAAAUCUGCCUCCACAAAACGUGUUUGACUUGAUCAAAACAUUUCCAAAGCACACGCAUCCAACCACGGCCAUCGCAUCCGCCUUGACGGCUUUUGUUGCCUCGCAGCCAGAUAAGACCUAUGCCAUCAUUGCAGCAGCUGUGUUCUGCCAUCUGAAAGGUCGAAAAUUUGAGCCUCCGAAGCUGGAGUUUUCGUAUGUGGAGAACGUACUUCACAUGAUGCGAUAUGUAGAAGAAGGAACUGGAAAGCCAGAUCCUCGAGUGGUCAAUGUCUUGAGCAGACACUGGAUCUUGACUGCUGACCAUGAGCUCACCAAUUCAACGGCAGCUUUUCUCCAUGCCGCUUCAACACUUUCCGACCCGUACUCAUGCUCAGCCGUGUCGAACUUGUCUGGUGCGGGCAUUCUGCACGGUGGGGCUAUGGAGGUCUCCCACAAGCAGAUGGAAGCCGUUGGCAACAUUGAGAAUGUGCCUGCGUUGAUUGAAGAAGUGAAACAGGGAAAGAAGCGCCUUUUUGGCUACGGACAUCGCACUUACAAAGUCACCGAUCCGCGGGCCCAAUUUAUUCAUGAGCUCAUCCGCGAAGCAAGCAGCUUCUCUGAUGCUGCCAAGAAAGACACGGGCUUACAGAUCGCCCUAGAGAUUGACCGCAUCGCAUCCCAGGACAAUUAUUUUGUUUCAAGGGACCUUUGCGCGAACGUAGAUUUAUUUCUUUCUCAUGUUUACAAUGCCAUCGGCAUACACGCAGACUUCAUUCUGCCCAUGUCCCUGAUGGGUCGAAAUCCCGGAAUGAUCGCACACUGGCGAGAGGUAAUGAGUGAUCCCAAGCCUCGCAUGUGGCGACCUCUUCAAUUGUACACCGGAAAAGUCCCUGGCUGGGAGCAGAAGAUCGAUGAAGAGAACGCAAAUUAA